UCUUGUAUCUUUUUUUUUCUCAUGUCUAUUCAUCGUGAAGUACGAGAAGAAUACAAAAUCGAGGAAUCAAUGGAAAAUUCAUCUUCUUAGAUUGAUUGGUGGAGGAAUGUGAUACGAUACUGGUUUCUGAAGAAGCAACUAUGGAGAUACAAUCAUACCAGAAUCAGGCUGAGCUGCUGCUAAAGGAAUAUUUACUGGCAGAUUCUUUCAUCCCAUACACAUCAGUUAUUUGUGGCAUUUGUGCUUGCAAGAUGGUCUAUGAUCUUACGCAGUUGUUUAGCAGUGUUUACUUUAAGAGCUAUCUUAUGUUAUCAAAAGUCCAACACAAUGAGUGGAACAACCGAUCCAUAUCAACUGUACAUGCCAUUUUCAUAACAAUCAUGUCCUUAUACUUCGUGUUUUGGUCAAAUCUCUUUUCUGAUCACCGAUACGCUGGCUUGAUUAUGUUUCGCAGUUCUGGACUGUCUACAUUUUCAUUGGGGGUAUCUGUUGGUUACUUUCUUGCGGACAUUGGGAUGAUCAUUUGGUUUUACCCAUCUUUAGGUAGAAUGGAGUAUGUCAUUCAUCAUUUUCUCUCCAUAGCUGCUGUGGCAUAUUCUGUGUUGACAGGGGAGGGUCAGCUAUAUACAUUCAUGGUACUCAUUUCUGAGACUACGACUCCUGGGAUCAACUUGAGAUGGUAUCUUGACACGGCUGGAAUGAAGAGAUCCAGAGCUUACUUAAUCAACGGAGUUGUAAUAUUUGUAACAUGGCUGGUUGCUAGAGUACUCCUGUUUAUGUACCUAUUUUAUCACGUUUACUUGCACUAUGAUCAGGUUAAGCAGCUGCACAGCUAUGGGCUACUGUUGAUAUUGGUUGUCCCUUUUGUCCUAUCUAUUAUGAACUUAAUGUGGUUUGGAAAGAUUAUCAGGGGAUUAAGGAAAACAUUAGCAAAGAGGCAAUGAAGGGCGAGCAUCAUGGAUGAAGUUACGUUGCCAAAAAGAACUCCCUCCUAUCAAGAUCGAUUUGCUGUACUAGGUACUCUCUUCGAUCACUUUGUUAAUCUGUAAAAUGGUAUUAAAGGGUUUAGGUGAAAACCGUAGAGCCGUUAUGGUUUCUAAUUCAAAUGAGCUUGAAAUGCUGAAGCAUGGUUGAGUGAAUCUGUACAUGAUUAGGAUUCGAAAUCUGGAUAGAAAUGGUGAAAGUGUUUUGUUUU